UCUCAUUGGCUAUAAUGUCUGCAAAGGCGGAAGGCAGGCGGUACGAGGCGUUGUGGUUAGAUCUUUCUCGCGUUGAACAGAACAGUCAGUAUAGAAUAAAACAAUACCUGAAGUGUUAGAUUUAACGUUUACGAUUUGAAUAUGGAUACGAAAGAAGAGCCUGUUGGAAAACGGUCGAGUACGGAUCAGCGGAAGGUGCGUUCCCGGGAUGCGGCGCGCUGCAGGCGGAGUCUGGAGACGGAGCUGUUCUACAAGUUGGCCCACACCCUGCCCCUCCCCCGCAGAGUCUCCGCCGACCUGGACAAGGCCGCCAUCAUGAGGGUGACGCUCAGCUUCCUUCGCAUGCACCACCUCCGCUCAGGGGACACGAGUGAGGACCGCGUCACAGAUGGGGACGAGGACACGGUGGAUGCGUUCUACCCCCGGGCGCUGGCAGGCUUCAUCCUGGUGAUGACCGAGGAGGGGGAUAUGAUUUACCUGGGUGACAGCGUCAGCAAACACCUGGGCAUCCCACAGCUGGAGUUGCUGGGUCAGAGUGUGUAUGACUUUGUCCACCCAUGUGACCAAGAGGAGCUACGGGAACUCCUGGCGCCUAGGCCAGGUGUGUCCAAGAAGAAACCAGUGCAGCAACACACAGAGAUUAACUUCUUCCUUAGGAUGAAGAGCACUCUGACUAGUAGAGGGCGCACUGUCAACAUAAAGUCUGCCACCUGGAAGGUGCUGCACUGUACAGGCCACAUGCGUGUGUGCUGCAGUGGCGAGGAUUCAUCACCUCCUGCAGGCAGCUUCAUGACAGUGCUGUGUGAGCCCAUCCCCCAUCCGUCUAGUGUGGAGUUCCCCUUGGACCGGAGCACGUUCCUCACUCGACACAGCAUGGACCUGUGCUUCACACACUGCGAUGGCAGGGUGUCAGAGCUAGUAGGAUACGAGCCAGAAGAUCUGAUUGGCAAAUCUGCCUACAAAUUCCAUCAUGCCCUGGACUCAGAUCAUGUGACCAAGAGCCUGCACAUCCUUCUGUCCAAAGGCCAGGUGUGCACCAGUCUAUACCGUUUCCUGGCUAAGAGUGGGGGCUUCGUGUGGGCAGAGACGCAGGCUACAGUCAUCUACAACAACAAGACCUCUCAACCAGAGGCUGUGGUCUGUCUUAACUUUAUCCUCAGUGUGGUGGAGCAGGCGGAUGUGGUGUUCUCAGUAGAGCAGACUGGCUGUGGGCUGAAGAGUGAUCCUGUCUCUGAGGCCUCCGAGGAGACCGUGUGUGACAGUGACAACAGCAGCAGUGCAGAGCUCUCCCUCCAGCUGAAGGAGAACCCAGAGGACCUCCUCCAACUGGCCCCUGUCUCAGGAGACCCCAUCGUACCCCUCACAGACUUUGCGGAGCCGUCGUUCAGUCUUCCAUCAAGCUCUGACUCCGCCCCAGAUUUCCCUCAGGAACUGUGCACCCCUGAGCUGUGGAAGCUCCUCUCACCCAUAUUCAGCAAGCUCACCUCAUCAGCACCAGCGCUGAUCCCCAUUGAGGAGCUGCCAAUAGAGGACGAGGUGGCGAAGUUGUUUGCGGUCUGUCCAGAUGAGAGCGUGCAGAAGAGAAACCAGCCUGAGGACAUGGAAGUGGUUGAUCUGGACAUGCUGGCUCCGUAUAUCUCCAUGGAUGAUGAUUUCCUGCUCAGCGUCCAGGUCCCUGAGACCCCUGACAGCCCCUCCCCAGAGCCCCCCACUGCUACCAGGAAACGAAGUCAUGAGCAGGAUGAAGACAUGCCCUCCCAGCUGAUGAGUCAGGACAAGAGACCGAGACACUUGGUGUCCCCCAUCCAGCACAAACUGCUUCUCAGCUACGCCCUGCUGGACUGCCUGGAGGAUGUAGACAACCCAGAGUUGGAGCUGGGGUCAAUCCCCCACAGGCGGAGCCAACUGCUGACGGACAGAGACCCCAUCCUCGGUGAAGCCCAGGGACUAUGUGACACUGCAGCCUUGAUGAGGGACCUCUUCUUGUCCCGCCCACCUGACCCCCUGACCUCCUCUCUGACUUGAGGAAGCAGCUGCCAAUCUUCCCCUGCCAGCUGGGGAGUGCAGAGAUCACAGAGCCUCAACAGGAUUCACACACUCCCCAACCAGACACCAGCACCUCCUACUCAGACUUCCUCACUGUUCACAACAACAGCCUGUUAUGGUUUUCCUUCUUUUCUCUCUGAAAUACUCUUUCAUGUCUCAGAGUAGGUGGCAGUACUAGGUUCACCCCCCCCCCCCCCCCCCCCCCCCCCCCCCACCCCCUUCUCAUUCAGGGUUGAUAAGUGUUCUCCUCUAUUCUUGUGAACACUUGUAGACUUUAGUCUAAACACUACACUUGACCCCAUGGUGCUUCCGAGGUCAGAACAGAAGAAGAACCCAUACGUACAGUAAGUCUGACAAAGUGGUGUUUUAGGACACAGUGAUGACCCUUCAGUUGGUCUAUUGUUGUUUAGUACGGUAUGUGGACCUGACAGUCUGUACAGGACAUUUUAGGUUAAUUAUUAUAUUAUUAUUUUGUAACAAACACACAACGGUUAUCUCCCAAUAAUACCUCAGAACGAUCGUCAGUGGCAUAUAUGGGUCAUUUUUAUAAGAAAAGAUCAAAUGAAUUACUACCAACACAAGCCAUUGCUAUUGACCAGUUGGAUGCAGUACUCAGGCAGUUGUUACCUCAACAAAUAAUCUGUAGAUCAAACUCGACUGUCAUAAAAGGGCUCUUUGACUGUCAUCUCUUUCCAACCAAACUGACAAAUUAUUUGAGGCAUCUUUUUACCUCAGCUUUUUUUAUAUACUUUACAUGCUAGACUUUAGAACAAUUUGAUGUAUUAAAAUGUUUUGUAUGCUCGCUUAUAAGACUACUAUUGUAUGAACCGCAAUGUUUUCGUUGUUUUUAUCAUGUAUUUUUCUAGGUGGCGCCAGAUGAUCACCUUGUCAUUUAAUGAGUCAUUAUUUCUUUUCGGAAUAUGGUUGCUAUUUUGCAAAUCCAGUGGAUAAAUAUCUGAUAUACGCCUUUUGCGUAUUCAUUUCACACCAAGUAGAAAUGACUACUUAACACCUUGUCAAUUACUCCCCCGUUGUUGUCUUUUAUUAUGAAUCUAUCGUUUAGGAGAAAAGAUCAUUGGUUUGAAGCACACCCAGGAUUUAUUUUAGUUGCUUGUUUAUAAGAUUAUUGCAUUUAGAUUCAUCUUAAUGUUUUAGUUCCAUUUAGACAUUUGCCUUUUAUCAUAACUUUCAUUUUCAGACUAGUGUUAUUGACUGAAUAAACUGAUAGACAAAUUCACGUUUUAUUAUGUUAAGAAAUACUGCCAUCUUGUGGUGUUAAUGGUAGAUUUAUAUUUAGUUUGCUGCCUGA